GAGGAUUUGUCGACAGCCUUGGAGUUCCGAAAGACCUUUCUCAGCAGAUUGCUGUUGGUAGAUGACAGUAAAGUUGAUUGGUUCUUACUUCUCAACCCAUGAGCCGCCUCUUGCCUUUUCAAGUUUGUCCUACCAUCAGGCAGACCACGGAGAACAUCACCAUUUUAGGUGUGAUCUAAGCAUUUUAUAGGCAAAUAGGGAAAUAAAACAUGAAACUGUUUAUACAAUGAACAUAUACUAAUACAACAUGUGAGAAAAAGAACAUCUUAAGCCAGACACUUGUCUCUAAACAGCUGAAGUUGGAGGAUCUUGAGACCAAGGUCAAAUGAACAAUGUAGUUCAAAUGUCUUAACUUGUGAAACUUGGAUUUACAGAAAUAUAUAGCCCUUGAAAACUUAUCUGCAGGACAGAUAUAAUUGCAUUACUUCAUGUCACCAAGAGGUUAUGUUUGUAGAAGUAGUAGUAAUUAUAAUGGGACGUGAGCUGACGUGUACAGUACUGUACAUAUUCUGCCUAAAUUCUCAUGGAAGCAUCACUGUAGUCCUCUGUAUUAAACUGCUCUUCAUUACAUAAAUGAGAAACCUCUAAGUUACUGAUUUCAUAGAUAAGCUAAGCAAUAGCUAAUUGAUAACAGAAUUUAAAGUAGGAUCCAAAUGUCAUGUUUAAAGUCUAUAUGUUACUUCUUCAAAAAGAAAUUCACCUCUGCAAGGAAUUGCAGAUAUAGAGCCCUUUGUUUAAAACUAUUACAACAAAUUCAAUCAAACAGGCUAAUCUUCCUUCUGAAAAAUUUAAAUUACAUGCUAUUUGAUGUUUAAAACUCCCCAUAUAAUUUGACUAUUAUCUUUCAUAGAUCUUCUCAUUUCACAGGACUGCUCUACAUUAUGCUUGUGCCUAUGGACAUCCAAAUAUCGUGCUUCUUCUCAUAGAGAAGAAGUGUGAGCUUAAUAUUCGAGACAGUGACGACAGCACAGCUCUGAUAAAGGCCUCCCAGGGCCAGCAUGAGGAGUGUGUGACUCUUCUCCUGAAAUACGGCGCGGAUCCAAACGUGAGGGACGCCGGUGGCAAUGCUGCUAUCCAUUAUGCCAUCUACAGUGACAGUGUACCCAUGGUGGCCACGCUGCUGGCCUACAAUGCCAGUAUUGAGUCGCAAACCAAGGAUGGCCUCACACCACUUUUGCUUGCUCUAAAGGAAAACAAAGAAAAAAUGGCAGAAUUUUUAAUAGAGAAUAAUGCCAAUGUACAUGCUGUUGAUAAGCUGAACAGAUCAACCCUCAUGUAUGCUGUCCAAUGUGAAUCCAAACAUAUGGUCAAGUUUCUUCUUCAGCAAGGCGUUGAUGUCUUUUUAAAAGAUGACUUUGGAUGUCGUGCAUCAUUUUAUGCUCUUUAUGGUCAUUGUAAAGUCAUCAGGAGAACACUUUCCAAAUAUGAAGAAAAGAAUCUUAGAUGUCUCCCAUGCAACAAUCCUGACUCUUCAGUCGGUGAGAGUUGUGGUCCUGGACUCAAGAAAUCUUCUCAGGAGGGAAAAGGUUCCUAUUACUUUUCUUGCACUCCCUGCCCAGAGAAAGAGAUUUCCAGUGAGACAGGUGCUGGCGACUCACUCCAUCUUGCGGAUUUGCUUUACUCAUGUGACAGACUAAUCCAAUGUAAAAUCAGUAGAUGUGCAUUGCUUUCAAGAAAAAUCAAAAUAAUGGAAAAUAAGAUCAGAAGACCACAGAAAGAGCUAUUAGAUAUAGAAGAAGUGAAAUCUCAAUUAGAGAAUGAAAAUAGCGAACUGGAUGAAAUAUACCAUAUUAGAAUUCUCUUGCAGCAAGAAGCUUUGAAGAAAGAAAAUGCUGAUCAAGGUUUUGGAAACACUGACACAGUGCUAAAAAAAAAAGAAAAUCAUAAUGAAGCAGAAGAAAUAGAUCAACGUACAAUGUAUGUUACGAUGCUACAUAUGGAAAUGAACAUUAUAAAAUACCUUUUCAAAAAGUUGCAAGAAGAAGAGGCUCAAGACAGCAAGGCUAUACGAAGUUCUGAGAUGAUUCAAGAUCACCUACAAAAGUUUAAACAUGAAUAUUUCAUGUUAGAAGGUACAAUAAAAAAGCUAACAAUGAAACUGGAAAAGUUACAGAAACAACUGAUGGGUACAAAUUUGGCUGACGAUGAAGCAGUAGAGAAACUUAUUGAGUCCGUACAGAAGCUGGAAUUUGCUUUGGCUCAAAAGAAGAAGAAACUGGAAGAAUUAGAAAAAGAGAUAACUGAGUUUAAGGAAUACCCUAAAGUGGCCAAUGAGAAUGAAAAUGAAAAUGGAAAUGGAGUGUGUAAUACCAGUGAACAUCUAAAGCAAAGUGAGCUGGAAAAAGGUGUUUCAAUUAACAUGCUGAUACGUGAGAUUAGCAAUGCUAAACAAAAAUUGGAAACUACAUCUAGCAAAUAUAUUUCUCUGAAAGAGCAUAUUCAAUGUCUUGAGCCAGAUAUGUUGUCAAUAAAAGAUAUCCCAGAGAAAUGGGAACACCUAGAGAAAAAUUAUGAGGAUUUAGAAGAGAAAGUCCUAAUCUUCAAAAAUCUUACACAAGAGCACAUGGAAAGCAUAGCAGAUCAAGAAAAUGUAAAGCACCUAAGGGACAGCAAUAAUGAUUCAAUAUUAAGUCAGAUAGAACUCAGACUUAAAGCUAUGAAAAUUGCAAUCUAUAAAAUGGAAGCUGAAAAUGAGUCUGAAGAAACAGAGGAGGAUAAAUGUAAAAAAAUUCGAAUGGAAGAUGUGAAACAUAUAAAAUCACUCUUGUGUGAGCUAAAUGAUGCUGACGAAGAACUAGAGGCUGGCAAGAGCAAAGGCUUGCAGAAGGAAGAGCAGAAGCAAUCUUUGCACAGAAUUGACAGUACAAGGUCUGUCCUAGAAGGUCCUUGUACUUCAAAUGGUGAUAAUUCAGACCUCAACUCCAGUUUUAUUCCAAGCGAAGACUUACAUUUCUCUAGCAUGAGGCUUGCUUGUGAGGAUGUAAGGAAGUACCUGUACAAGAGCCAGAGGAAGUUGGCAAAUCUGAGUGAACAGUAG